UUGGCCCCGGCCCCGGCCGCAAUGACCUCUUUGCCUUGCCGCCUCCCUGGCCCGGACCCCUCCAAAGCCGUCUUCCCGAACAUCGCCCCCGUCCCCUCGGUAGUGGCUUCCUACCAGCUUGGCCUGUCCCCCGCAACCGCAGCCGCCUCCGAUUUGCCCUACUCUGGGCCGUAUGGCCACCUCCUGCCCUACCCCUACACCGGGCCGGCGACCCCCGGAGACUCCUACCUGCCCUGCCAGCAAUCCGUGGCGCCCUCUCAGCCGUCUCAGCAGGAGCGGGAGGCAGGCUCCAAGAAGCCGCCACUGUCCCCGGAGCCCUCGGAGCGGCGCCUGCAGGCCCCGACCAAAAAGCUCCGCAAGCCGAGGACCAUCUACUCGAGCCUGCAGCUGCAGCAGCUGAACCAGCGUUUCCAGCACACGCAGUACCUGGCGCUGCCCGAGAGGGCUCAGCUGGCCGCGCAGCUUGGCCUCACCCAGACGCAGGUAAAGAUCUGGUUUCAGAACAAACGCUCCAAAUACAAGAAGCUCCUGAAGCAGAACUCUGGGGGACAGGAAGGGGACUUCCCUGGGAGGCCCCCCGCCCUGUCUCCCUGCUCCCCACCCCUUCCAUCCCUCUGGGAUCUACCCAAGGCAGGGGCCCUGCCCCCCGGUGGCUAUGGCAACAGCUUUGGAGCCUGGUAUCAGCAUCACUCCCCAGAUGUCCUGGCUCCACCUCAGAUGAUGUGAGUCUGGGGAAGGGCAAGUUGGGCCCCCAGGCCUCCUACAAAAGCCCAGGACCCAGCCCACCUGCACCCCUUCUGGGCUGGGAGGAAACCAGCUCCAGAUGGGUUUUCUCAGGAGGAUGAGGAGCUAGAGAAAAGGGAUGGGGUGGAGUCCUGUCCGCCUUGCCCGGUAACCCAAACAGCCUAAUCAAUGACUUCGGUCUUAACCACUGCCCCCACCGUUACCAUGGACUGGACACCUUCCCUCCAGCUGGUCAAGGCUCUGGAGAGAGAGUCAUUGGCUGCACUUCAACCUGUUCCCAGGACCCCUUGCCUUGCCACCCCUUCUGUGAAUGGACUGCAGUCCCACCAUAGUCUGGGGUCAAACCAGCAAGAAACACUGUUUUUUUUUCUCUUCGUGUGCCUUGGGCCUUGCCCAACCCAUUGGCGAGCAAAAGCAGAAGUGAAGUGGACGUCCAGAGUCUUCCAGUUGACCACCAGUGGGUCCCACCCACCGACUUUUCCUGGAGGUCAGCCCAUUAUCCCCAUAAUUGAUAUACCUACUCACCAUCUUGUGAGGUAGAAGGGAUGCCGAAAAUGUGGAGUUUUGUGGACCUAUGGGUAAUUUAUGCUCUCUUCCUAAAAAAGCCCUCUUUUCCCCAUGUCUACACACUUUUGAGUAGAUAAUGGAUCCAAUUAUCAUAUAAUUCAACCAGUAUUUAUUAAGAGCCUGUUCCCCACCCCUAAUACCUAACAAAACCACAAGCACAGGCUCGGAAACCCAGUAGGGUAACACUUUGGGGAGAAUGGGGACAAAUGGGCUUUCUCGAUGAGUGUAGAUGGAGACACCUCCAAAUAGAUAGCGUGGGCCCGGCAAUUCAGCUCCUAACAGCUGUCUCUGUCCAAAGGAACUGCUCAUAUUUAUAACCAGUCUGACUAGCAUCCCCCCAAGAUCUUACCAUCCCCCAUACCGUGAGCUUCCAGAGAUUAAAGUUUGUACAAA